AUGAAUUAAAACAAUACAAUAAAUAUUAGAGCAAUUAGAAAUAAGAAAUCAAUUAAAAAGGACUUGUCAUUAUAACCAAAGAACAUUCAUGAUCAAUACUAUUAAGAAUCUGAUGAUAGUGAAGAUGAAAAAGUAUUAUUUAGUAUAAUUAAUAUAGAUAUUAUCAAAAAUUGGAAGAUUACAAACAAAGAAAUAUAAAGAUAAAGAUUUUAUUGGUUAUGAUGAGAAUUUAAAUAAAAUUUAGAAAAAAAAAUAGUUUUAAGAUACUAUUGAUGAAUUUAUUAAUAAGGCUGAAAAUAAAGAUUGGUGGAGAGUAGUUAGAGAUGAAUUAAAUAAUCAAGAUGUAGUAUUAAGUGAUAAGCAAUUGUAAAUGUUAGAUAGAAUUAGAACAGGAAAAACUGCAAUCAAAUUAGCAGAUGAUGUAAAUAUAUAUCUCUAUUUUAGUAUUAUUUUGAACAUGAAGAUUUCAAUUAAUUUGAUCUUUUAUCAUCUUAUAAUCCUAAACGUAGAUUCUUACCAUCAAAAUGGGAAAGAAUAAAAAUUAAUAAAUUAGUAUAAGGUAUAAAAUUAGGAAGAAUUGUAUUGAAUCCACCUUAAAAAGUAGAGAAAAUGUUUGAUAUGUGGGAAAAUGUUGCUGAAGAUCAAGUAUUAAGCAAAUACUUACCAGCAAGAAUACCAGCAGCUAAAGCUUAAUUACCAUCUAAUGUUGCUAGUUAUAAUCCUCCAGAAGAAUAUCUAUUUACUGAAUAAGAAAAGUAAUAGUGGUUGUAAACUGAUCCAGAAGAUAGAGAAAUACCAUUUAUUCCAUAAAAAUUUAAACAUUUAAGAAAUGUUCCUUCAUCAGAAUAAUUAACAAAAGAUCUAUUUAAUCGAUGUUUAGAUUUAUAUUUGGCACCUAGAAUUAGAAGAAAGAAAUUGAUGAUGAAAUCAACAGAUUUUUUACCUGAAAUUCCUAAACCAGAAGAAUUGAAACCAUUUCCAACUAAAUUAAAUUUUGAAUUUGGUUAAAUAGAUACAACAAAAUCUGGUUAAGUUAAAUAGAUCUCGAUAUCAUUAGAUGGUUAAAUUUUAGGAGUGUGUUAUGAAUUUGCUGUUGCAUUUUUUGAUACAAAAACAACUAAAUGUUUAUAUACUAAAUGGUAAUCAAAUGAUAAAUAAUUCUUUGGAUUAGAUUUUAGUUAAUCUGGAUUAAUUUGUAUUCUAUAAUCAAAUGGAUUUAUUAUCUUAAAUUCUUAUAUUGAUAAAAGAUAACAUCCUAAUGUUGAAGAUGGUGAAAAAGCAAAUAAAUAAAUUCCUAAAAAUUCAAAUAAUGUUUUUGAGUGGGACUUUGAAUUAGAUGAUAAUGUAUUUCAAUAAUUACUUGAAGUUAAAAUGCCUUAUGAUCCUUUGUAUGUUCAAUUUCAUAGUAAAUCUGAUUAUAUUGUAAGUACAUAACCUCAUACUCAUGUUAAAUCUCAUUGCAUUUUAGUUCAUUCUAUUAGUAAAUCAUCUACAUCUAUUCCUUUUUAAAAUAUGAAAGCAUCAACUGAAGUUUAAUAAACUAUAUUUCAUCCAACUAAACCUGAAUUGUAUAUAAUGACAAAUAAAAACAUUUUUAUUUAUUCAUUAACAAAAUAAUCAUUAAUGAAAAAACUAUUAGCAGGUAAUUAAUAAAAUUCAACAAUUGCAAUUCAUCCAUAUGGAGAUAAUUUAAUUGUAGGAUCAAAUGAUUAAAAAGUAUGUUGGUUUGAUUUAGAUAUGGGUAAAACUCCUUUUAAAAAAAUGAGUUAUCAUAAAAAUGGAGUUAGACGUGUUUUAUUCCAUAAAUCUUAUCCUUUAUUUGCUUCAUGUUCUGAUGAUGGUAAUAUUUUAUAUAUAUAUUGUAGGAACUAUAAACAUCUUCCAUUGCCGUAUUAGUACUGAUUUGAAUUAAGCACCAGUAAUUCUACCUUUGAAAGUGUUGAAAUAAAAGAAGAAGGAAUCUGUAAUGGAUGUUGCAUUUCAUCCAACUUAGCCAUGGAUUUAUUCGGCAAGUAAAGAAGGAGUAAUAAGUCUAUGGACUUGAUGU